AUGUACGACGCGACGACGGUGCUGUUGUACGAGUACUAUCGCGCUACGGGGUGGAACGAGCAGCGUGCAUAUGCCCAGCUCAUGACCGCAAGCUCGCUCCUGCUCGAUUUUCCGGUACCGCACGGCGCCCUUCUCACCCACGCGGCCGUCUCCAAUCCCUCGCUCUUUUCCAGCGCGCGCCUGCUCGCUGUGCCUUUGAGUGGCUCGCUCGGCUACACCCACGCCGCCACCCAUGCCCAGUUUAAUGCAGGCUGUAUCCAGCGUGCUUCGGAGCGCAUGCUAUCCGCAAUCCCCUUUCUCCAGCCCGAUACCCUCCGCACGCUACGCCUUGCGCAGCGCCCUCCGCCGCGCGAAAUGCUCCUGCACGGGAACGUGCACAUGCCUGCGAAUCUUGUAGAGGCCCUUGCUGUAAUGCGCCUCUCGCCGCACUGGCAAUGCAGCGCCUCGGCGCUCUCCUGCGCGCCGCGAUUUCCGCUGGUCCCCCUCGGCCGCUGGAUCGGCGUGCUUCCUCCCCCCAAACCGCGCCAGGCGCCGCGCGCGCUCUCAGGCGUCCCUCCCGGCACGACCAACAUGACACUAGCGCUGCAGAUGCAAACGGAAAAGACUGUGGCCGAGUAUAGCUACUCGGUCGACGAUGCACUUUGGGGCGUUUCUGUGCUCCGCACACUCUCUUCGCCUGCUUCCGGCGCCUACGGCACGCUCUGUGCAGGCGCCGAGCUUUUUAUGAGCGCGCUGGAGAGGAGUGCAGGGGUUUCUAUGGGGCUGCGGUACGCGAUGCCGCACGGAUGCCAAUGGCCCGUAGAGGCGCCACAAGCGGCGCUCCCUUCUGUUGCCACCCUCACGCUGAAUCCCAUCAUGGGCCACGUCCGCACCUCGUACGCCGCCCAAGUCGAUCCCGAUUUGGCCGUGUGUGCGCGGUACGACUUUAAUGUAUUUUCCUACCUCUCUGACUUGUCGUUCGGCCUCGAGUACCGUCUAUGGACGACCGAGGAGGAUCUCGUGCAAGACGAGUCGCCGCCGCGCAGCCUGCGCGAGACGCACGGCGUUUGGACGCCGUACGUCGCCGACAAAGCGCUGUCCCUCCGCGAAGAGCACGCUAGGGCUGCGCCGCAGCCGCUUGCAGCACGCUCGCCCGCGGCCGAGGAAUGCGCGCCAUUGUGCCACGCGCCGUCCCUGCAAGGCCUCCUCAAGUGGCGCAUGAGUGCGUCUGGCGUGCUUGCGCUGCUGUGGGAAGGCCACUGGCAUCGGUGUUUGGUCAGCGUCGGUCUCCGCACGCAGUUCGAGCCGUGCCCUUCGCUCAUGGCGACGACGGCGCUGGGCGCAGAAGUUACGUAUCUAGGUGCGUAG